AAACAGAUAACAUUAAUUCUUUCUUCUCAUUUUUUCUUUCUUCCUCUCCCCACAUAAAAUAUUUUUCAGAAUUUUAUCAAUCAAAAAAAGAAAAAAAAAAUGGCUUGUGGUGAUGAUGGUAAAUUGAGUCUUGAUUCAAUAAGAGAUAGUUUAAUUAGACAAGAAGAUACCAUCAUUUUCAACCUUAUUGAAAGAAUCAAAUUCCCAAUAAAUCCAACUUUAUACAAACAACAAUUACCUUCUUCUUCAAAUAUUUCAGGAUCCUUGUUUCAAUACUUGUUUCAAGAAACAGAAGCUCUUCAAUCUAAGGUUGGUAGAUACUUAUCCCCAGAGGAAAAUCCUUUCUUCCCAGAUAAUUUGUCUGACUCAAUUAUACCACUUACCAAAUGCACACCAGUUUUGCAUCCUGCAGCAGAAUCAGUAAAUGUAAAUGAGAAGAUAUUGGAUAUUUAUAUAAAUCAAAUGCUUCCACUAUUUUGUACUGAGGCUGAUGAUGAUGCAAAUUUUGCAACUACUGCUGCUUGUGACAUUCAAUUAUUGCAGGCACUAUCUAGAAGGAUUCACUAUGGAAAAUUUGUUGCUGAAGUUAAAUUCAAAGAUAGCACUGAUGAAUAUAAACCAUUUAUUCUUGCUCAGGAUAGAGAUGCUUUAAUGAAGUUAUUAACAUUUGAAGCAGUUGAAGAGAUGGUAAAGAAGAGAGUAGCGAAGAAAGCUAAAGUGUUUGGUCAAGAAGUGACCUUAAACGAUAGUGUUGAAGAAGUGAAGGAAAAAAUUGAUCCAUUAUUAGUUUCGCGUUUAUAUGAUGAAUGGGUAAUGCCUUUGACUAAACUUGUCGAAGUUGAAUACCUUCUACGUCGUCUUGAUUAAUUGGAUUGUUAUUGUUAUUGUAAUGAUUUUCAUCACUAUUAUUAUUGUUUGUUAUUGUUAUCGAUGAAAUUUAUGUGGAAGAAAAUGAUUAU